ACGGCUGCUUUUUGUACCACGACUUUUUCCUGUAAAUUUCCUCACCCGAAACCGAUCGGUAAUGACUAGAGCUCCUAUACCCAUAUGGCUCGACUGUGACCCCGGCACAGAUGACGCAUUCGCCAUUUUGCUACUUGCUUUCCACCCGCAAUUCAACCUCAUCGGCAUCUCCACAGUCCACGGAAAUGCUCCUUUAAAUGCUACUACGCACAAUACUGUUGGUCUUCUCGACGUGUUGAAGUUGAACCACAUACCAGUGUAUGCCGGAGAAGUACGUCCUUUGGUCAAAGAGCCAUUUUUUGGCCUCUAUGCCCAUGGAAAAACCGGGUUGGGUGGUGCUGAACUACCUGAAAACCCCAGCGUAGUAGUUAAAAACGACAAGUCGUACAUGGAGGCCAUCAAGGAAGCGGUGGAAACGCAUGCCAACGAGAUCUGUGUUAUUGCCACUGGGACCUUCACAAACAUGUCCAACCUUUUUGCCAAGUACCCGGACUUAAAGCACAAAAUCAAGUAUCUUCCUAUCAUGGGGGCCGGCUUCGGAGUGGGAAACGUCACUCCUUAUGCCGAGUUCAACGUGUAUGUGGAUCCCAAGGCCGCCAACAACUUGUUCCACGACGAGGAUUUAAUGGAUAAACUUAUUGUCAAUGGGUUGAACAUUACGCACACUGCCAUAGCUGAUGAGACCAUUCGUCAGAAGUUGUUUGGAAAACCCCACAAGAAUCUUGUGAGACCCAUGUUUGAGAGCAUCAUGAUGUUCUACUUCAAGCAGCUCUACUCCGAAAAUGGAUGGGCUGGUCCUCCAUUACACGAUCCUUUGGCCGUGUUCACAUUAUUGCCGGUAUUGUAUGGAGCUCAAGCCUACAAGUUCGAGUGGUUCCGUAGAAGAGUCACUGCCGUUGAAGGGGGUGAGAACGACGGUGAGACUGUGUUUGUGGAUGGGUCCAAGUUUGAGGACGAUGGCAGCGAAGAGCAUGGUUCUAUCAUCGCUAAGUCUGUCGACAUCGAUAUGUUUUACGAGUAUGUGGGGGUUGCACUUGAUAAUGCCGAGGAGCAUGUUCAGAAAAGAAGCUAGAGAUACGGGAAGAUGGGCAUUUCCUCAAAUGUCUAUAUUAAAGUACCAGUUUUGUCUAGAAUAAAUGUCUAUCGGGCCUGCCGAUUUUGUAGCACCUCCACCAUAUCUCUUCCGAUAUCCCGAAUCACAUUAUUAGCCCAUAGGACGUCUAGAUGGGAAUAGUGCUUGACUUCGAAAAUGUGAAGGUUCUCGUUCUUCUGGUACUUGGGUUCAAAGGUCUCCAUAUGACACGCCAACCGCUGGCCAUCCACAAGGUUAUCGACCUCGCCUAUGAAAAGGGCCAUUGGUAUCACCGACUCGGAAAACCACUGUUGUUUGAACGGGAAAAAUGUCUUGUCAUCAGAAACAUUGUACUUUGGUUCUUCAGUCGCCCGAAAGUUCAUUCCAUCUUGGAACGUCUCCUUCGACACAAGCUCAUUUCUGAACGAUUCCUCACGCCAAAAGCUAAGCCACCAGGAAAUCAACUUGGCCGACACAAAACUUACGUUGAAAAUGAAGUGAAAGUGCCAUAUUUUCCGAUUGGAAUUCCACAACUUCCCAUUCCAUUGAAACAAGUAGUUGAACAUCAACACACACACGUUUCCAAACAAUGGGAAGUUAUGGAACCAAUUUCGAGACUGCGUCA